UGAAGUUCUUGUUUGUCUAUUAAAAUAACCAUGUCUUCCUUGGCAACAGCAACAAUGGGGACUCUUCUGUGUAUUGUUUUACUGUUGUGUUCCACUGUUAUUGUCUAUGGGCAGCUUACCCCGUCAUUUUAUACGAGAUCAUGUGCCCAGGCAGUACCUAUAGUAAAAGAUGCAGUGAGGCAGGCAAUCGCAAGAGAGAAGCGCAUGGGUGGAUCGUUGGUCCGCCUUCACUUUCACGACUGUUUCGUUAACGGAUGUGAUGGGUCGAUCCUGUUAGAUGACAGCACAAAUAUCACUGGAGAGAAAAAAGCAAUUCCGAACGCCAAUUCAGCCAGAGGUUCCGAGGUCAUCGAUCAUAUAAAGAGCCAGUUAGAGAAAGUCUGCAGUGGAGUGGUUUCCUGUGCUGAUAUAUUGACAUUAGCUGCUCACGAAUCGGUUGUCCAGCUGGGAGGCCCAUCGUGGACUGUGAGCUUGGGUAGGAGAGACUCGCGGACUGCCGUUCAAAGAGAUGUAACUAAAAAUAUUCCAAGUCCAUUUUCAAGCCUUCCUGAUCUCAUCUCAUCAUUUCAAGCUAAAGGACUCUCUGCUCAGGACAUGAUUGCCCUUUCAGGCGCUCAUACAAUCGGUCAAGCGAAAUGCUCUCUUUUCCGAACUCGCAUCUACAAUGAAACCAAUAUCAAUGCCGCCUUCGCUACUUCUCGCAAGGCAAGCUGCCCGAGCAGCAGCGGCAGUGGUGAUAGCAAUCUUUCUCCUUUGGACGAGGACACACCUGAUUCCUUUGACAACAACUACUACAAAAUCCUCAGAACACAGAGAGGUCUUUUGCACUCUGAUCAAGUUCUGUUUAAUGGCGGCUCCGCAGAUGCUCUUGUUACUACCUACAGUGUUAAUCAGUCUGCCUUCUUUCAAGAUUUUGCAACGGCUAUGGUGAAUAUGGGAAACAUCAUGCCUCUUACUGGGACCAACGGAGAGAUUCGCAAAAAUUGUAGGGUCCCAAAUUAACUACAGCAACUUUUAUCUGUAAAUGUUGGACAACUUCGUAGAAUAAAUAGUCCAAUAGUGAAUUGGAGGGCCCUAGUCACAAAAAUAAGUAAUUUAUUGAAAUCAUGAAUUUCAUUUUGUUUUAUUACUUCUGAUGAUUGUUCGCGCCAAAUCGAAAUUAUAUAGUUUAGUUUUGU